UUGUUUGCGAUGGUGUCUUGUUCUUGCCACUCUCUUUCCAAUGGACAGGACCACACUCGACAUGAGAAAUGAUUUCGUAGUCAAUUUUUAUAAUCAUAAUAUAAUAAGGCUUUCCCUCUGUACUUGGAUACAAAUCCCAAUGCUCAGUUUCUGACACAACCACUUUCUUACGUGUGUUGUCCCAGAACAAGGUACUAGUACAACUUUUUGAUGCUGCAAAGGUGCACAACAAACAUGUCAUGGUUGAGUGGCCUCAGAGAACUGAGGCCUUUGCUUCACUUGCUGCUGCCACUUAGCAUCCAUUGGGUAGCUGAGGAGAUGACAGUUUCUGUUCUUGUUGAUGUCACAACCUCUGCUUUGUGCCCUGGAGAGUCAACUUGCUCAAAAGCUAUUUACAUCAAUGGGUUCCAACAAACGAUUGUUGGAAUUUUCAAGAUGGUGGUACUUCCACUACUGGGUCAGCUCUCAGAUGAGUAUGGCCGUAAACCCUUGCUCCUGAUUACCAUAUCCACGGCUAUAUUUCCCUUUGUUUUACUUGUCUGGCAUCAGUCUGAGGAAUAUGUCUAUGCCUACUAUGUGCUUCGCACAAUUUCAAAUAUAAUCAGUCAAGGGAGUAUUUUCUGCAUUUCUGUUGCAUAUGCAGCAGAUGUUGUCAAUGAAAGCAAAAGGGCAGCAGUAUUUGGUUGGAUUACUGGUCUCCUUUCUGCUUCACAUGUUCUGGGGGAUGUACUGGCUUGGUCUCUUCCUGAAAAGUACAUUUUUGCGGUUUCAAUAGUACUAUUGACUUCUUGUCCUGUUUAUAUGAAAUUCUUCCUUGUUGAAACGGUGAUACCGGCUCCGAAAAAUGAUCGUGAGUCAGGUUGCUGGGCUAAAAUUGUUGAUGUUCCCCGACAAAGAUAUAUAUCUAUGAGGAGAGCUGCGGAAAUAGUAAUUUUCAGUCCCACUUUGAGGGGCAUGGCUCUUGUGUCCUUCUUUUAUGAGCUGGGAAUGUCAGGCAUAAGCAGUGUUUUGCUGUACUAUUUGAAAGCUGUUUUUGGUUUUAACAAAAAUCAGUUCUCAGAACUUCUGAUGAUGGUGGGAAUUGGUUCAAUCUUUUCUCAGAUGUUGUUGCUUCCAAUACUCAAUCCAUUGGUUGGAGAGAAAGUUAUACUCUGCUCUGCCUUGCUUGCAUCAAUAGCAUAUGCUUGGCUCUAUGGAUUAGCAUGGGCACCUUGGGUACCAUACUUAAGUGCCUCUUUUGGUAUCAUCUAUGUCCUUGUGAAACCUGCCACUUAUGCUAUUAUUUCAAAUGCGUCAAGCUCAACCAAUCAGGGAAAAGCACAAACAUUUAUUGCUGGGACACAAUCUAUAUCUGAUUUGCUAUCUCCUAUUGCUAUGAGUCCAUUGACUUCAUGGUUUUUAUCUAGCAAUGCUCCUUUUGAAUGCAAAGGUUUUAGCAUUAUAUGUGCAUCCAUAUGCAUGAUAAUUUCUCUUUGUUUUGCUUGCUUGCUGAAGCCAGCUGAUACUAGUUCGAGUAAUGACAUAGAGGGAAGCCAAGAGACCCCGCUUCUGACUGAUAAUUGAUUGUAUCAAUUGGACAAAUACAUUUGGCCAAUCAUGUAUAUAUAGGCAUCCUUGUCUCAAUAAUUGCUGCUCCAAAUAGCCAUCUUUUUCUUUAUAGAAUUGGCUAUAGGAGAAUAUAAGCAGAAGUAUAAGGAAAGGGUGGGAGAGAGAGAGAGCGAUGGCUUCAUCAGCUAUAUUGAACACUUAAACAAGUCAAAUUAAUCAAUCAACACUUUCUAUAUAUUUUGCAAGACAAUAGUAAAUAGCGAGAUCAGUUUGUGAGA